AUGUUAGUUAUGGAUACAGAUACUAAUAUAGAUCUAUCUCAAAUAUAUUUAAAACCUCCCUAUCAUUUAACUGAAAAAUCAAAUUUUAAUCAUCAUAACACGAAUUAUGGAACUAGUCAAUCAAGCCAAAGUCAAUCAAGUCAAAGUCAAGGAAGUGAUAAUAGUCAAGAUUUCAAUUUCCUACAACCACCUCCUAUACCACAAAUUCAACAACUGCCACAGCAGCAACAAACUCCUCAACAAAAUAAUAAUUUCACCACUCCCCAACCCACUUCAAGAUUAAGAUCAAUUUCACUAUCUAGUAUAAUGUCAACAUUUAGUCUCAAGAAAUCACCACAACAAUCAUCAUCUACAAAUUCUGUCACUUACAAAGCUUCAACUCCAGCACCUACAUUAGUAGUCCCCCCACAUGCUGAUUCAAAACCAAUGGCUAAAAGUGUCACAGAUUUAACUAGAAAACCAAGCUUGCGGAAAAGGUCUGAAUCAAGUCCUAUUAUUCAUCAUACUUCUCGAAAUAAAGUAGUUGAUGUUCAAGUUGGACCUGAAAAUUUUGAAAAAAUUAGAUUAUUAGGUAAAGGUGAUGUUGGUAAAGUUUAUCUUGUUAAAGAAAAAUCAACUCAAGAACUUUUUGCUCUCAAGAUCCUUAAUAAAAAGGAGAUGAUUAAAAGGCAAAAAAUUAAUCGAGUUGUUGUUGAACAAGAAAUUUUAGCAACUUCAAAUCACCCAUUUAUCGUAACUUUAUAUCAUUCAUUUCAAUCAAAAGAAAAUUUAUAUUUAUGUAUGGAAUAUUGUUCAGGUGGAGAAUUUUUUAGAGCUUUACAAUCAAAAGAGACUAAAACUAUAAGUGAAUCAGAUGCAAGAUUUUAUGCAGCUGAAGUUGUUGCUGCAUUAGAAUAUUUACAUUUAAUGGGUUUCAUAUAUCGAGAUUUAAAACCUGAAAAUAUAUUAUUACAUUCUUCUGGUCAUAUAAUGUUGAGUGAUUUUGAUUUAAGUAAACAAAGUGAAAUUAUGAAAAAUCCUGAAAUUUCGUUUAAAUCUAGAAGUGGAUUACAUAUAAUUAAUAAUAAUAAACCUACAAUAGAUACAAAAAUAUGUAUAGAUGGUUUUAGAACAAAUUCAUUUGUUGGUACUGAAGAAUAUAUAGCUCCAGAAGUUAUAAGAGGUAAAGGUCAUACAUCUGCUGUUGAUUGGUGGACAUUGGGUAUUUUCAUUUAUGAAAUGUUAUACGGUACAACUCCUUUUAAAGGUUCAAAUAGAAAAGAUACAUUUGCAAAAAUAUUAAAAGAAAGUGUUAAAUUUCCAGAUACAAAUAAAGUGAGUUCAAAUGGUAAAAAUAUAAUUAAAAAAUUAUUAAUCAAAGAUGAAGAGAAAAGAUUGGGAAGUAAUACAGGAGCAUCUGAAAUUAAAUCACAUUCUUGGUUUAAAACUUGUAGUUGGGCUUUAUUAAAAAAUACAAAACCACCUAUUAUACCUGUUUUAAAAGCUAAAAAUCAAGAAUUUAAAGAUUUGCCAGUUGAAGAUUUAGAUGAUGAAUUGUUAAAAGAUGAUCCAUUUGCAACUAACUUUGCAUGUGUGUCAAUAAUUAAAAAUUAA